CCUAUUUUAUCUACACACCCAAAACCAAACUUCUCUACACAUGUCUAUUGUUAUACAAAAAUCAACUCGACCUUCGUAAAAAUAAUCAAAAUCCCUUUUCAUUUCUAAAUCAAUCUUUUGUUUCUGCCAUUUUAAGAAGCGAAAAAAAGAAGAAGAAGGUUUUAACUACACUAAAAUGUGUGGUGGUGCAAUUCUUGCUGAUAUCAUUCCUCGCCGUGACCGCCGUGUAUCAUCCACCGAUUUAUGGCCAAGCUCUGCAGAUUUCUGGCUAAAUUCUUCAUUUUCAAAGCCACUCUCCACCGAAAAUGUUCCUUCCAAGAACAAACGAGCUCAACCCUCUACAGGUAGUGAGCAGAUCCAGAAAACAAAGAAGAGGCAAAGGAAGAAUCUUUACCGGGGAAUCCGACAAAGGCCAUGGGGUAAAUGGGCAGCUGAAAUCCGUGACCCGAGAAAAGGUGUCCGGGUUUGGUUAGGUACUUUCAACACUGCUGAAGAGGCUGCUAGAGCUUAUGACAAAGAAGCUCGUAAAAUCAGGGGCAAAAAAGCCAAAGUUAAUUUCCCUAUCGAGGAAGAUCAGUCCAGUCAUCAACAACCUCGUCAUAACAUUGUUUACGAAUCAUAUGAUCUGUCAAAUACUAACUGUUAUGGCUUCUACUCGGUCGAAAACAAUGAACCUGUUAUGGAAUAUCCAAUUAUAGCUAACAAAAGUACUUCAUGUGAGGAGCAAAAAGCAGAGAAUAACGAAGUGUUGAAAUUGUCUGAAGAGCUUAUGGCUUAUGAGUCAUUGAUGAAGUUUUAUGAGAUACCUUAUGUUGACGGGCAAUCAGUGACAGCUCAGGCGGGGGAGGCCGUGGUGGGUGGUGGCUCGAUGGAUCUUUGGAGUUUCGAUGAUGCAGUUCAACAGUGUCCAUAACCUAGUUAUAAUAUUGAAGUUUGAUUAAUUUUGUUAAAAUUGUUGCAUCUUUCAUUUUUCGAUUUAGGAGUGUAAUUUUAAUCAAUUGUGUAAAACUAUGUUUG